CUCAACGCGGGCCAUUUGCAUGCGCGAUAUAGGCUAUACUCUCAAAAUAUUAUAACUUUAGUUUCUACGAUUUAAAUGAUCGAAACAUUUCGACUUUAUUCUCGUAACAUUUCGACUUUAUUCUCGUAGUUUCGACUUUAUUCUCGAAAUAUUACGACUUUAAUCUCGUAAUCUUAGAUUUUUUAUUUUUUGUUUAACGAGGCACUAAAACGACGCCGUACAAAACAAACAAAAACAUGUUCACAUAUUUUAUUCACAGAAUGUUUUAAUUCACGAAAAGAGUCGUUGUUAGAGAAUCAGACUAUCUUUACGUAUGUUUCUGAUUCACUAAAAAGAACCAUCACGAGAGUCACAAAAACGUGUUUUAAAUACACUUUCAGUUCUAGUAAAGACUUUAGACUAUACUUGGACUUUGGACCUAGUUGUCAGUAAAUAGUUUGAUCAACAGGGUUGCAGCCUUACAAAAUGUAUACGAACAACAGCAAAUUGUUUGUUAUCAUUCAUGCUUUCUUAAAGGGGUCUGAGAAAACAGAGGGCGCAUUCCUCCUAAAUAUUGUGUAGAAAUGUAUACGGACGAGUCUGUAGUUCUAUAUGUCAUAUUUGUGAAGUGUUGCGAAGAAGAAAGAUAAUCUAUGUGUGCUGAGCAUGUGUGUAUCUUUGAAGGGAGGGCUGCGCGUGAAUAAUGAAUAAUGACUGGGUUUGUGCUCACAGCUGAGUGAAUUAAACAUGAAGCCAGCACUAGAGAACUCACAGUUCCGCAGAUCAAGUUUCAAACAGGAUUCCCCAGGUAAGAUGCUUAAGGGGCGUUGAUGUCAUUGUACGGAAGUGAGUUGGACCACACUGCUGGGCACAGAUAGCAGUGCCACUGAAGACAAUAGGAGGACAACGUGGGAGUUUCGACAGGAAUUUGGACUGAGCUGGACCAUCGUGGGGAUUUGGGAUGUCGCACCAGACGGGUAUUCAUGCAACUCCAGACUUGAGAGAGUUCCUCGUGAAGGCGAGAAGGGGCGCAGUCAGAGUGGUGAAGAUUGUUAUAAUGAGCGAACAGCUGGUGUUGGGAGCGUACAGAGAGGUGUCUCAGAGCUGGGAUCAGGACUAUGACGCAUGUGUCCUGCCCAUGCUGGACGGCCUGGAACCCUGUUAUAUCCUUUACCGCCUCGACUCACAGAACCAGCUGGGAUAUGAGUGGCUGUUUAUCUCCUGGUCACCAGACCAGUCACCAGUGAGGUUAAAGAUGGUGUACGCUGCUACCCGUGCCACACUGAAGAAAGAGUUUGGAGGAAGUCACCUGAAAGAUGAAAUGUUUGGAACAGUCCAGGAAGAUGUCUGUUUCCAAGGUUAUCUACGACACCUGUCCUCCUCCUCCUGUCCGGCUCCUCUCACCACCGCUGAGCAACAGCUCCAUCAGAUUAAAAUAACAGAGGACAAAGUGGCACGGGACGAGAGAAGACGAGUUGCCACCAUAAGUGGACAAGCAAAGACAGAGAUCAGCGUGGAGAGUAAAAAUCCGACUUUGCAGGGUUUGGCGUUCCCAUUGCAAGAAGAGGCUAAACAUGCUUUACAGCAGCUUAAACUCAAACGCAUCAAUUACAUUCAACUACGGCUGGACACCGAACGAGAGACAAUUGAGCUGGUCCACACUAAUCCUACAGAGACCAAAGAUCUGCCGAGCAGAAUCCCCACUGAUGCCCCACGAUACCACUUUUUCCUGUACAAACACACCCAUCAAGGACAGGCACUGGAAGCUGUCGUUUUCAUCUACUCCAUGCCUGGGUAUAGCUGUAGCAUCAAAGAAAGGAUGCUGUAUUCAAGCUGUAAGAAUCGACUGCUGGAUGAGGUAGAGAGAGACUAUCACAUAGAGAUCGCCAAAAAGAUGGAGAUUGAUUGUGGAGAGUGCCUGACAGAGGAUUUCCUGUAUGAAGAGGUUUACCCGAAGCAGCAUGCUCUGAAACAAGCCUUCACCAAGCCAAAGGGCCCAACAGGGAAACGAGGGAACAAGCGUCUAAUCAGAGGCGGAGAGAAUGGAGAUGAGAGCUAGAUUCAUACAGUCAGAACAUAAAAUGACAUCUGAUACACUUGUUUAAUUUCACCCUCAAUUGCCUGUAGCCUAUUUAUUGUCUUAACUAUCCUUUUCUUGGUUAUUAUUUUUUAUGUUAGAUUUUAACUAGUCUUCUUUCACUCUGAAACACAUUCUCACAUGGUUUUCAAGGCCACAUAAAUGUGUUGUUUAGAUGAUGAUUUUUAUGUUAAAGAUAAAAUAAAAUCCAUUAACCUGUCUUGUUAAAUCUCCCUUUUGUCUAACCAUGGAGAAGCAUUAUGUUUAGUUAACACUUUAACAGGCCUCUAUACACACACACACACACACACACACUUCUGUGUAUGGCCUGAAGUCUUAGGCCAUUAGUAUUUUCACCAAUAAAUAAAUAAAUAAAGCCACUGAUGGC